GGAUAAUUUUGUACAGGAGAAGCUGAAAGAAUGGAACUUGGAAGUCCUGAUACCAAGCUUUAAAGAUGAACAAAUUGAUGAAGAAACCCUCCUGCUACUUGAUGAAAAAUCGCUAGAAGCUAUGAUACCAAAAAUAGGCCUGCGAUUGAAAUUUAAAAAGCACCUGAGAGAGCUGCUUGUGAGUGAAGAAAUGCUCAUUUAGAAUGGGAUAUAUCUGCUUUAAGUGCAAAAAGACUGUUGGGGCCAAUGUUCGUUUUUUGUUUUCGCAUCUAAGAAGAAUGCAUAAUGUAUAUAGUUCAUCAAGUUAUUUUGAGUGUGGCCAAGCCGGGUGUCAUAGGACAUUUAAUUACAGCAGAUCAUUUAAGAGGCAUCUGCUACAGCACCGUGUAGAGUCUGAGGCAGAAGUAUCCAGCCAGUCAACACACUUGACUCAGACAAUGACAUUGAGGUCUGAUAGCAGACCUCUGGCUUCUCAGAGUGAGCCUUUUGAGGAGGAAGAUAAUGCUGCUGAAGAUAAUGCUGCUGAUGACAUGGAAUGGGAUGAGUUAGAGCAGAACACUAUCACAGAUCGAGUGGCCUUGUUUUUAUCGAAAUUGAGGGCAAAAUCAUCUAUGACCCUAUCUACUGUCAACUUUGUAGUUCAGCAAACAUCUAGUUUGGUCUUUGAUAUUGUUGGUGCUUUACAAAGACAGACAAUGUCAUUCUUACAAAGGAUUGGCCAAAGUGAGACUCCUGAAGGUCAACAGCUGAAUCAGCAAUUUGCAAAUGCAGCACAACCUUUUCAAUGCUUGGAUACUGAACACAAGCAGAUGAAAUACUUUGUUCAAGCUGGGUACCUAGUUCAGCCAGUGGAGGAGCCUCUCCCUGGUGUCUCAUACACCCAGCAGAGGGACUCACAGACAGGCACUGUAAAACAGGUGGCAGUGCAGGAUACUUUUCAAAGGAUUCCCUUACGUCCACUACUGAAACUCAUUCUUGAGAGUCCAGGGACAAUGGAGAAGAUAAUGGAGUGGAAAAGAAAGCUAAGUGACUCAAACAAUCUGGAUGACACCACUGUGUUCAAAACAAGUUCUAUCUUCCUCACUGAGCCCUCUGUUCCUCUUCUGUUGUAUAAUGAUGACUGUGAAAUGGUUAAUCCACUAGGCUCUAAGACCUCAAUCCACAAAUUGGGAUUCAUCUAUUUCACUCUUAAAUGUCUUCCCCCAGAGUGCCUUUCAAGUCUUGAUUCUCACUUUCUUUUGGCAGUGUAUAAGGCAGAUGAUGCCAAAACGUAUGGUAUAGAUGCUGUCCUGAAGUCAGUUGUUGAUGAUAUCAAUGAUUUGGAAACAAAUGGUGUGGAAGUAGACACGGCUCACUUCAAAGGCACAUUGAAGGUUUGGGUUGCCCAAAUUUGUGGGGAUAAUUUGGGGCUAAAUUCAAUCCUUGGCUAUACAGAGAGCUUCUCUGGAAAUAGUGUUUGUCGAUGGUGCCACGUGAAGAAACUUGUCAUGAGAACACAAACAAUGGAAGAUCCGUCACUGCUUAGGGAUAAGGAUGGCCAUCUUUCAGAUCUGGUGCAAAGUAAUCCAACAGAAACUGGCUUAAAAAGACAGAGCGUUUUGAACAACUUGAAAUACUUCCAUGUGACAGAAAAUGUAGCACCAGAUAUUAUGCAUGAUAUCCUUGAAGGAGUAGGUGCAUAUGAAGUUAAAUUGGUAUUAGGCUCUCUCAUCUCUCAGAAGGUAAUAACCUUAGACCAGGUUAAUUACCGAAUCACAAGCUACGAUUAUGGCUUCUGUGAGUCUUCCAACAAGCCAUCCACAAUCCGACCUCAAGAAAUAAAAACACCAGACAGUUCGAUGAAGCAGACAGCAGCACAAAUGUGGUGCCUGUUAAGGCUUCUUCCUUUGAUGAUAGGAGAUCUAAUUCCAGAGGGAAACAAAUACUGGGAGCUCUUGCUGCUUUUGUUGACCUGUAUGGAAUAUAUUUUUUCUCCAUCCUUAACAGAAGAUGCAGUAUUAUUUCUCAGACAUCUUCUUCAUGAGCAUCACAGCCUUUUCCUGGAACUCUUCCCUGAUAGACAUCUAAAGCCAAAACAUCAUUUCAUGCUGCAUUAUCCAGGUGCCAUAAGGAGACUGGGCCCUCUGAUGCACUACUGGUCCAUGCGCUUUGAGGCCAAGCAUGGUUUUUUUAAAAGGCUUGCCCAUGUCACAUGUAACUUCAGAAACAUUUGCAAAACAAUGGCCUUCAGGCAUCAAAUGUUUUUGUGUUACAGUCUUUUGUCUGAUCACCUAUUUGCACAUCACAAAGAACUUGGUCCUGGUUGCACUACUCCACUUGCUUCCAUUGAGGGAUUUGAUCAAGUCUGCCACAGAUUUGAACAUACUCCAUCAUUGACUGAAGUGUAUAUACCCUCUUGGGUGAAGUGGAAAGGGACAGAAUAUCGUCCAGGAAUGACCCUCCUUGUGUCUCAUUCUCCAGAUGGUGAACCUCAGUUCGGAACAAUUCAGAAGAUUGUGGUUUUUGAGUCUGUCAUCAAUUUCAUUGUUAGGAAAUGGGACACAGUAGGAUUUGAAAGACACUAUUUUGCAUGCUGCGUAAUUCCCACUACUGUCAUUGACUCUAUUGAUGUUGACUCCAUUGAUGAUUACCAUCCUCUCCAUGUAGUGAGGUCAUACAAGGAAGGGGACAGCAACCACUAUGUGUCCAUGCGCUACCGGCUGUUUUAAAUGUCCCCUUUUUCAACUUGAAAUUCCAAGGACAAUUUUUUUUUGGACCGUUUACACACCUGUACAGACUUUUUGGAGAUGCAACCAUUUUUUCCCCUAGAAAGCUAUCUUUAAUUCACCGUAUUUCUGUUUUACAAUGUUUUGCGAGCCACAACCAGAACAGAUCCAAAGUGGAUCAGCUUCCAAACCUCCUGUGGACCAACAAUGUGAAGCAGAAAUUCAGAUGUCAGUGGAGGAAGUGCCAACAUUUAAUAUUUCUGAGGUCCUAAUGAGCAGUGUCGAAGGCAAGGACGUAUUGGCCAGUCUUGAGAAGAACACUUUAUCCUUAAAUCAGCGAAGAUGCAUGGUCAGGAUACUAGUUUCACACCUUAUGAAUCACUUUGGAGAAAACCCAUCCUCUGAGCAAAAGAUGUGUUUGGCUGUUUCUCUGGUUGAGCAAUAUCCCUGUCUUAAGGACUCCCAGGGUAAAGGCUAUGAAGCAUGGUUCAGCCCUGGACGAAGCCAUCGUCCAGCUACUGGAUUUCUGGAGGAACGCUUGCGAAAUGUCAGGAAGAGAACCCGUCGUGAAAACUGCACAAGCCGUGAGAAAGAGGAUUCUCAAGCCAUAAGCAGCACCUUGGUUAUACCAGAGCCAAGUAUUUCACCUGACAGAGCAGUACAACUUGCAGAAUGGCUUAAAAAUAAUAUGUGGCCAGCUAACCAAGUUGCAGAUUACAUGAAAGAAACAGCCAUCCACAGGGCUCAGUGGAUAAGAGCUAACGGGACAAAAUCUAUCGAGGAAAUAACUUGUGAAUUCCCUCGACUCCUUGAUACGCCAGGCAUGAUUUCACAAGACUUCUCUGUAUUAUUCCCCGACCAUGCAGAGAGACUUUUCCAAACUUGGAAAAUGAGUUUCAAAGACAAAAUCCUUUGCUUUGCCAGCCAGGAGAAAAAGGCGCAGGAGCUUCUCCAGAAUUUAGACAGUUUGUCUCCAGAAGUCCAAAGUGACGUUGCACUCAGGCUGCUUCCUGUAAUACUGCCCACCCCUGUCUACAAAAAAGGGAUGAAAAUGUUCAAACCAAGCUUGGAAGAAAAUAUCAAGUCUUUCAUUGAAUUCAAGCAUGUUGGGACCAACAUGGUUGAAUAUUUGAAGGAGGCAGAGCUCACUAAACCCUUCCCCUUUGUCCUUGGUCUUGGGGAUGACAGUCAAUGCCAUCAAGCCUUUGUAGUUGUUGGCAAACAGGCACUGCAUCAAAACACACUCCUUGGUGCUGUGGACACGUGCUUUAAACUUUUUUAUGUUUUAGACAUCCAUUUCCCGAAGCAGUGUGCACCAGUGUGGGAGUUUUUGCAGACUGUUGUCUACAAACUCCCAGGAACUGAAUCUCCUUCUGUAAGACUGCUCCGUGGAUAUUUGUCAUGUUGAGCAGUACUGGAACCAUGACAACUAACCCUUUCUAAAAUGUUAUGCAAGUUUAUAUUAAGAGGAAAUUUGUCAGACUAAUACAUAUAUCUAAAGCAUUUUACUUGUAUCACUUUGUUCGUGUGCCUCUUUGUUAAACAUACUCUCUAAAAAGUUAUGAGUUUAUAUUAAGGGGAAAGUCAUCUAACUAAUAUAUAUGAAGCAUUGUACUUGUGUCUUAUACUUGUGUAUAUAAUGUAAAUGUUUAAAUCUAAGCUAAUUUAAUUUAUUGAUAUU